UGUUCUGGAAACCUCAAACUGACAUUGCGAAUGCGAAUUAAAUGUUUUGCUCUUAAUUGAAAAAAGUUAACACAAUCCCGGAAUAAUGGCUUUUCUCAAUAAAUUGGUGCUUUUCGCUGGAUUUAUUUCGCUCCUGCAUGCUGCAUACUCUGCUGCCCAACAUCGAGCAUACCUCCGAAUCACGGAUCAGGAGUUUACGAACCUCCCAGUGGAUAUUGUAUUUCAAGCGAUUCUCAGCUUGUUCCUGAUUAUUUACAACAUACUGCAGGUUGUAGGCGAUUUCAAGGAGAUUCGCGCCGCAGUCGAUCUGCAGGCCAAAUCCUGGGAAACACUCGGUAACAUUCCGUCGUUCUACACGUUCAACCACCGCGGGAAAGCUUUGUCACCGUUCUACGAACAGCCAGAUAAGGAUACGCUAGCGAAAUGGGGCCCAUCGAGGGAUUUCUAAUUUUAUUUAAAUGAAUAUCGAAUUGUGACUACGAAAGUAUAGUGAGUUCUACAUCUCAA